GGAGCAGCAGCAGCAGAGAGAGAGAGAGAGAGAGAGCCCGUUCUUACAGUAGCAGCAGCAGGAGGCAGAGAGAGAUGGUGAAAUCUGGGCCUGAAAUUGUAUACGACACGUCGGCCGCUUUUGCUCGGCGACCCUCUUCCGGUGCAUCUGCUCGCGAAUGGCGUAACUUCAUGUCAUCAAGCCUUGAGGAUAUGUACAAGAAACCAACAUCUACAAGAUUGAUGGAUAAGCUGGAGUCCAAGGAUGAGGAAUUGGACAUAAGGAAAAUGUUGAAGGAGAUCGAGUUGUUGGGUUCUCCACAUAUGAGCUGGAAAGAGAGGAAGGCAUUGGAGAACCAGAAAGUCGUUACCUUGGGUGGAAAGCCUCCAAAGAAACAGCGGAUGCCAUUGAGUGUCGCUAGUGUGAUGAUGAAAAAACAGAAGGAAAGAGAACAGAAUGUGUUACAAGAGUCGCCGAUGCUCACACGGUCUCUGAAGCACAGAAAUAAAAACAGUAGAGUGGAGAAAUUCAAGGGUGAGGACAGAGUUCUCAAGGCAAGUGAGGGCCAUUUCAAGAAGGGCGUACUGAAUGUGGAGCGUCUUUUGAGAGCCCCUUCAUCAUCAAGAGACAAUGAAAACAAGCGGAACUUUGGCAAAGGAAAGAAGAAGAAAGGUAAUGGGAAGAAGAAGGGUAAGAAGAGGCACUGAUAAUUGAUUUUCAACCACUAAUAACAUAGGCUUUAUGUUUGAUUUUUGGUAGUAUAGUAGAUACAACAAAUCGAUAAUUCCUUUAAAGAGUCCAUGGCCCAUGUAAAAGUUGGCCUUGUCAUCACUUGUAAUUUCAAGCCAUAUAAAUCUUGAAUCUCAACAAAAUCUCACAA